AUGGCGACGCCAAGUAGUAACAGGAUAGGAAGCGGCGUGAAGAGCGUGUCCCUUCGGGCGCUAGCCAUUAACCCGGGUAAUCAAAGGACAAUCAAGGGAACAACAGGGCGAGUGAAUUUACAAACGCUUCCAUCGUGCAAGCUCGUAACUCGAGUCAAGAUCAGCCUAGAUACGAAAGCUGUGACGACGGAUUAUUCAAGACAUACCAUCGAGGAUUGUGCGCCACUUUCUCAGAUUCUCUUGAAUGCUGUCAAAAUUACCGUGUCUUGGGAUAUUGUGAAACACGGUUUAACCCGGGUGGAUCCUUGGAUGGAUAUUGUUCCCAAUCGUGUGGGUUUUGUGAGGGUGUCGGAGAUACGGAUCUGGAAGGCAUGGGUAGAGGUUUCCAGAGGAUUCAUUCGCCUUGCAUUCUUUAUUUCAGCUUUUUUAUUAUUUCUCAUUGCUGGCACUGGUGUUUCUGUGUUCGAUUUUAGUUCCCCUGACAUCUUCGUGUCGCCCGUCAGUAUAACUAGAUUCAGUGUCGAGACAACGAUUGCCAGGACUGUGAUAAGCGUAGAAUAUUCACUCUACAUGAAAAUUGAAGAAGUCUUCAUGCAUGUCGCUGCCGAACUUCAAAAUAUUGAAAUAAAUGUCUAUUACAAUCACCAUGGUGCGAAGCGCAGUAUCGGUUUCACUAAGAUCCCUACUACGACAAUUGAGACUGGUGAAAUCUCUUACGUCGGAGGAGUCCUGAUUGCGCCCAUCACGUUUGAUCCUGCCUGGGCCUCUUGGUUCCUAGAAGACCUCGAUGCUGGCAUCUUGCAAUUGCAAAUCGGACCGGAGGACCUUGUUAUGGAUCUUUACACUCGCGAUUCCAUCUUCCAAUGGGUCUCUGGCAUAAAUCAACAGCAAAUUGCCUACAGUUAUGGCUGCCGUGUUGCACUUUAUACGAGGCCAAGAGAGGCCGUACUAAGCUCGCCCACGGCAGCGCCAAGUAGCACACACAGUAUAAGUAGGACGAAUGAAAGUGCGUCUGCGGUUAGUGUUGGCUCUACAUCUCAACCGGUCGAAUCAUAUCUUAGCAAAACUAUCGCAGGGGUCGCGCAUGCUGCCACUGGAGGAAGGAUCGGAUAUGACCCAAUUCAGGAGGAACUUACCAACAUACUCGGACACGGCUACGACCAAGAGUGUUCUCCCUUGCCAGACCAAUCCAUCGACAUGAGCAGAAUUUCAGUCGUUGCAAAUGGUUGUCUAUUUGUGGCAUGCCUUGCAGGUUUAGCGAGUUGCAUCCAACUGGUUAUUUUAAGGAGGUUGUACAGAAGGACCUUUGAUUGUAUUGACGUAAAAAACUGCGAUCGUAUUGACGCAGAAAAAAUUCUAGGCUGUGUGGAAUUAUCAGUGUUGGACGAGUCAUCGGUCUUCCAUGAUCUAGGAGCUUCACAUGUCGAGCUGCACUAG